AUGAGCAAUCUAAUGUCGACAUAUCGAGUUGUUGGGGGACAAAAUGGAAAAGGUUUGAUACCUACCCCUUUUUUUUACCUAUAUUGAUUGUUUACUGUGACAAAGAAACGAUGCUUUCCUCAGUUUAGAGUGCGCAGAAUUGGUUGUUUAUUAUGACACAGACACGAUUGCUUUCUUAGUUUAGUUUACGAAGAUGUAGCAGAGCUACUAUUCCAAUUCAAGUUGAAGAUUUGAUCCAGUCCUUUUUAUUAUUUACCAAAUGAGAAAUGGAGACUAAAUUGUUCGAAAGUUGCUUUACAUGCUCCUAUAUUCUUGCGUGGGAAGUACGUGCGUUUUUAUGAUUGCAUGCGGUUUUGUCACGAAAACGCGAUCAGUGCUGCUGAUUGUUCGGCUAGGUUAAGACUCACUAACUUAUUUAGAACGAAGAAGUAGUUUUAUGAAAUAAUCAACUACCGAAUAAAUGAGAAGACAGAACAAGUUAUUUAUGAGUAACAGGGCAUUAUAAGUCAAUUUAAUUUCAAAACUUUUAAUCAGAAGAAACCUGAACUACUUAGAAUCUAAUUAAAAGCUCCUAUGAUUUCAGAUGUUGAUAUCCCGAGAUCAAACCGGGAUUGUUAAGGUUACAGGACAGGAGUUGAGAAGCAUCGAUCCCGACUGCUCUCGAUGUCUGUAACACAACUAGCUCAGUGUUCUGUCUUUCCCUGUUGAACUUGUUAGAUGCAUCAAAUGUGAUAAUAUCAGAUUGAAAUGACGCUCUUUCAUUAAAUUCAGAAAGCAAUACAAUCAUAUCGCUUCAUAAUACUGGUAAAUCAUCACAAAAGUCGCAUGCGUACUUUUAGAGCAAAAUGAGUCCCCAUUCUCUUUUUAAUUAUUUUGGUAAAGAAUGAUUUGUUCACUAGCAGUGCUUGUGUGACACAGAUAUUCUCUCUGUGAAGAUUGCUUACCUUCUUCUCACCAGUAACAGUGGCCAGGAAAAGCAUAAUUCUUUGCGAAAAUAAAUCUUGUUAAUUUUACGUUCGUUGGAAAUAUUCCUCUGACUUUUUCAUUGUGGAUUGUGCGAUCUGACGUUCUGAUAUGUAAAUUAAUUUAAUUAUUUUGUCAUAAAAGUCUCAUUCGGAGAGGAUUUAUCGCUUAUUUGAUAACGUUUACAGCACCUGCAGUAAAUGUUUACAGAAACAGCUUGAAAUGCCGUAUAUUAAAUGAAGCAGCUCAGAAUAAAAAAUAUUCAAAAUACACUAAUUUUACCAAACAUUGGAUUAAAAACUGUGCAACAAAAGGAACUAGUCUCUUUCUGGGCAAAUUUUUAAGAAUAAGAGAGAUUGAGUUUUUUAUCGCGCAUGGUAAGUUGAAGAGUUAAUUUUCAGCUGCUAAGUUUUCCUCUGUUACUCGAUGUCUUUUUGACCUUUUAUCUCCUUCCUUGGCCAUCUAUGUUUCCCCUUGGAGAGGUUUUAAUUUUUUUAACCGCAAGUUGCUAAGUGGGAAUCGAACAGGAUAGCGGUCAUGGUUGAAGAACAAGUAAAUAUUGGACCAAAAUAAUACCUAUGUUUUUUGAUAGUUGACAUUUCAGGGAAUGAUGAAGUAGCUCUGAUGGCGACAGCUUUUCUAUAUUUUCGAAGAAAAGUUGCAAUAUCGUGCUCUCGAGUGUUCUCUAACGAAGAGGACGAAGGAGCACACCGAUAGCGAGACUUUAUAAUCGCGUGUGAUUGUGAUCUCUGUUAAUCUGCAAAAUUUUCGGGCGUGCAAACAUAUUUUUUCACUCUUCCAUGGUCUAUAGAUGAAUUUAAUGUUCACCUCUAUAUUCGGGUCUCACAAGUUCAAUCAAAUUUACCAUGGUUGCCAACCUGAAAAAACCCUUUGAUUCAGGGAUGGGGCCGAAAGCAAACUCAGAAAACUUGACUCUCAUUCGCCAGAGUGAAGAGCUCACUUUUAUUAAAGCACCCGUGACAGCAGCCCAUGGUCAUCCUUGCCCUAUUCCUGUAAAAGGCUGAAAUCAUGAAAUAAAAUGUUAUGUAAAUCUUAUCAAUAGAUACUGCAAGGUUGAGGUCUGGGGGCACCCAACGAAGCAACGCAUCUUUGAACAAAGUUGAUCCUUGGUUCGACAACGAUUCUGUGGAACUAAUCAACUACAAUCCUGGUGACGUUGAUGGAACUCGCAUCCUGGUUCCUAAUGUUGAAGUAUAUAGGCCGACCAUGAAUAGCUUUAUUUACUUCCCGAACGAGAAUUUUGCAGCCAAGGUAAAUGUGAACACAUUGAAUCGGGAAGGAGUGGCCCCAAUUCAUCGAGCUGUUCGCAUUAAUGAUGUUGGGGCAUUAGCCUCUUUAUUAGAAAGCGGCGCAGAUAUCAAUCUUGCAGACAGAACUGGAUCGACGCCUCUUAUCACUGCUACAAGGUAUACACAAGUCAGUUCAUCAGCCGUACAUUUUAAUAACUCCACAUAGAGAGAUUCUCAAUCUAGAUAGCGCGGAAUAUUCUUUCUCUUUCUUCUCCUUUGAUUUAAAUCUUAGCCUUUUUUACACUAAUAACCGAAUAGGAGAAAAGUGAAAACAAAGGCAAUCCUUUAUUACAUUUCAUGUUGCAAUUUAAUACGUUUUAUAAGAGGAUAAUUGUGCAGUCCCACUCGUUUUAUAAGUAAAGAUUGAUCCAAAUUUAAGCGACAUAAGUUUUGCUCAACAAGCAAACAGGCACCUUGGCUUCGUGAAUCGAACAAUGCUGGAAAUAAAUAUGUUGAAUUUAAAGUAGAACUUUGUAUCGUUGUUUCGUUUGCAGAUUUAACAGAUCAGAGGUGGUUAAGCUUCUUCUUGAAAGAGGAGCUAAUCCUCUUAUAGGAAAUGAGUCUUUUUCGAUUUCACCACUUCACGAAGCUGCCAGAAGGGGUUUCACGGAGAUUUGUAUUCUACUGCUGAAUGAUUCCAGAAUAAAAGCUACCACUAUAAACUACGGACAUGUUUCGCCUUUGCACAUGGCCUGCUUUGGCGGAGAUCGAGCCACAUGUGAACUGAUCUUAAAACAUGGUGCCGAUGUUACCUACAUUUCGAAGGUAACUAAAAAUACUCCACUUCAUUUUGCGGCUUGGAAUGGGGAUGAAUAUAAUUGCAAGCUUCUUAUCAACGCAGGUAAUUGUUCGUUCUCCCUGACGUACAUGAAUCAUUUGUUAUGGUUCGUGUUGGUUUCGAGGACUCGUUUAAAACAAGAGAAUCACACGAUACUAUUUUCAGUAUUGGCCAGUCAACUUGUACGAGGGAAUACUUCACGGACAUGUUUUUUCAAAGUGUGUGCCGCUAUAAGGUAGCUCAUAGGGUAAUAGGUAAUAGAGUGCUGAGAAUUGUAUCGCUAAAUGAUUGGAAAGCUGUUUCCGAAACGACUUCUCUUCUGGAUCUCUUUUGCGAAUAGUGUGUUCAGUAAUCGAUAUAUUUGGAACGGGUGGUGUUUUUAUAUCGUCCAGGAGAAUUUGAAGUGUACCCAAAUGCUAUCUAUAAUAGCAACUUAAGAUUGUCAGAGACCCUGUGAAAUGCGCUACACACCAAAAUUCAACAUAACCCCAUGAGAAAUAUCAUGACUUUAUAGUAUUAUUUCUUCGAGAAAUACCUAGUCGGUUAUCAUGAAAAAGUUUCUUGCUAUACGAAACGUAGAGUAUUAAAAUUAACUUAGGUUUAAAAUAGAAAUUGUCAAUUGUUUCUUUUUUGUUUGUUUGUUUUGUAAAAGCUUCCAAGACGCUCUCCUCUGUAAGCGAAUAUAUCAAUACAAGAAACAAAGAAGGAUCAACAGCCUUUCAUGUUGCGUGCAUGAGAGGAAAUGUGAAUGUAGCUGAACUUUUUUUGCGUCACGGAGCGGAUCAUGAUUCGCAUAAUUGGUCGGAGAACAUGUCCCCACUUCAUCAUGCAGCCAAAUGCGGCUUUGUGGAGUUGGUUGAACUCCUCAUCUUGUACGGAGUAGUCGUUGAUGCAAGGGAUAGUAAUAUAAGGACACCAUUGCACAGGUAGCUAAUUUGGGAUAUUUGUGGAAAGUUUCUAAUACUUUUUCUUUACCCUGCAUGGAUUACCAGUUUCAUGCAACAGAGUGUAAAUUUAAGAUUGAGGGUAGUCGACAAAGCACGAAGUCUAAUCACAGCAUGACUGUGUAAGUUAAAUGCCUUCUGGCCUGAGAGUCAAUCUGAAUGGGAACAUGGAAACGAAUGUUCACAUAUAGAACGGAUUGAUUUUAAGUUUACAGCAUUUGCCUUUUCGUCUCCAGUUACUAUUGAGGAGAAUUUUGUAUUUAGGACCAAGAGAAAAUAAGGUGAUUUUCUGUUGAUAGGACAGAAUUGCAUAAUAUUCUGUGAAAAUCAUCUCUGACAUUGCAUAGUAGAGAAUCAAAAACAUUGUUUAAUCCUUUUUUGAGUAAGUUUUUUUUUAAUUCUUUACUUCUUCUUCCUCUUUUCAAAUUGCCAAUAAUUCGGUUGAGCGUCUCUUCAACAAUUUUCGUUCUGGCUGCGGAGCUCAUUUAUGAUAACUUCGGUGUACUAUCAACCACAAUUUUUAAUGAUUAACACAUUUUUCUUGUUUUUUGAUGAAAAUUUAGUGCUGCAACAUUUAAUCACGUUCGAAUAGUCGAGCUACUUGUGGAGAAUGGAGCAGAUCUAGAGACCAAAGACCAGUUAUCGAUGACGCCUCUGCUGUUGGCAGUGAGCCAUGGAGCAUGCCACACUGUGAAAGCUUUGUUGGACUGCGGAGCGGAUAUAACCGCAGUGGACUCCUCAUUGAAUAGUUGCCUUCAUUUGGCAGUAAUCUUCAAUAAGCCGGAAAUGGUGAAGCUAUUAUUAGAAAGGGACGGAGACAAAUUGAUAAGAUGCAGGGAAAAAGACUUGAAGACGGUGUUUCAUUUGGCAGCUGUUCUGAAAGAUCCAAAGGUACUUACUGUAACAUGGCAGCUUUUCCCAACGAAACGGCGAUGUCAGCCACUCAGGGGUUAUAUGGUCUUACCUAACCAAUUUCCACUAUAGCAAUAGCAUUGUACCCCAAAGAAACUUGAAAGCGGAGACGACCGAGUCCCGCAUUCUGGCGAAUUAAAAGAAACGAACAACCUAUACUUUGCCCUCCAGGAACUAACUGAAUAAAUUUGCAAACUUUUUGUUUGUCUCUUUAGAUUCUGGAGAUUCUCGUUCAAAGGGCGCCGAAAACGGAGGAAUAUUUUUGCCUGCGGGAUGCACACGAGAAAUUGCCUAUUCACGAUGCCGCUGCAAGUGGAUCCCUUAAUUGCUUGCGGGUUCUCACUCUUUGCCCUUUUCUUGUAAAUGAGAGAGACAGCGAAGGAAGUUCGCCUCUUCAUUUAGCUGCCAGCAACAAGCACACGUGGGUACCCCUUAUGAUGUUUUAUUUAAAAAAAAUACUCCAACGUGCUCACUCACGCAAAGCCUUUGUAUUACGACAUUAAGUGCAUUUGAGACUUUGUCUAGACUCGUAUGUUGCGCCAUAGUGCUGUUCACUCGGACCAAUCAGAUUUAGACUUUUUUUUAAGAUGGCUACUUUAUAAACGCUAUCUGCUAUUUCAGUUUUUCUAGCAAAACUCUCUAAGGCUUUCGCUGUGACCAAGGCUUUGUCACAAAUCUUGAAAAUACACUUGAUGUACAUGUGCAGCAUCCAAACAUAUUUUGUUUCCUUAAUUCUUCAUGUAUAAUUUUCAGCGAGGCAUGUGAGCUAUUGAUCCUAAAAGGAGCUGAAGUAACUUCCUGUGAUAUACACGGUCGCACGGCUCUUCAUUUGGCAGUCAAGGCUGGUUCUUUAAAAACAGUCAAGAUUGUACUUAAUUACCUUUUGUUAAGCACGCUCGAGGAAAAAGACGAAGAUGGGAACACUCCUCUUCACAUAGCCUGCAGGUACAAUCGCCUUGAUAUUCUCCACUUCUUUUUGGACCAAGGAGCUGACGUCACGGCUCUAAAUAACAGAAAAAUGACUUGCCUUGAUGCUGCUAUUGAAUGGGAAGCCAAAGAUGUGGCCAUGACACUGAUGAAACACGAAAGGUACAUUUUUAGGUCUUGAAAUUAGCUGGAGAGAAGAGGGAUUGAUGUUCUUGUUCUAUUUAGGUGUAUAUAAAUAGGUUCAGUUUAGGGAAAAUUGUCUUCAGCUACCUAAAGGAUUGUUCGGGGCAAGGAGGAAGUGCACGACACACAUUGUUGGCUUGGUUUGCUCUGAGGUUUGACUUGGCCAUAUUUUCCUGUGAUAUUUGUUCGUCCCUCCAUUUCACCUGAGUAGCAGCUAGCGCUGUGAACUUUUGCUCAUAGCCAAUUUAUUCUAAUUCUAGUGUGUUACCGGCAUUACAGUGAAAAAUAAAUUUUUAAUAGGAUAAGGAAGCUUCUAAUGGGUGAUAAAGAAAAUAGUGGAGAUAACAUGAUUCCACCAGGAAAAAGGUAACAAAUAGAUUGCAUGUUUCCAUGCGUUUGUCCAAUAAUAGAUCACGGAUGACGUCAAUAUGUGGUAAGAACGAAAACGUGGCGUAAGAUGCGCAGCUUAGUGUGUAAUCGAUAUUCUUACCACAAUUUGACGUCGUCUGAGAUCUAUUAUUGGACAAACGCACGGCAACAUUGAAUCUAUUUGUUUUAUGUCAUAAAAAGCGAAAUAUAGUCAAUGGUGACGUCAUCCAGCCAUACGUCUGUCCUCCAAUAGGUCAUAGGCAACAGCCAAUCGAAAUGCAUGUAUGAUUUAUCUUAUCAUAUAAUGACCAUUAAGAACCAAUGCUAUUCCUUGAUUACAUAGUUGUUAAACGUUGAAAUUGCACAAUGAUGUAAUAGCUAUUGAAUGGUUAUAAAUUUUUAGGUGGGAAGAGGUGCUUCAAUGCUCACCAGGUGUUGGUGUUCACCCGAUGAGAAAACUGAUCGAAAAACUUCCAGAUGUGGCAGAAGUUGUUCUUGAUAAGUGCAUUACCUACAGUUCACACCCUCCGUCUCACGAAGAAUUUUCAGUUACAUUUAACCUGGUUCAUUUGGAUCCUGAGCCUGAUUGUCACAGUUACUUCGGGCCAGCGUGCAUGGCAAAAGAUCGACGAGAAAAAUUGCUCAAUCACAGUGUCACUCAAGCGUUGUUGAGAUGGAAAUGGCUAAUUUUGGGAAAGUGUGUCUCCUUGAUUAACUGUGUUGUAAUGGCCGCUUAUGUCAUCCUGUUCUCAUAUCUCUUUGUUGUAGAGAGGAACAAAAUCAAUUUUUCAUUCACCUCAUUUGAGAAAGCAGCCAACGGAGAUGUCAAAAUUAAAUCGUCGUUUGAGAUGACCGUGGCUUUUGUUAUACUAGUGUUUUUGAUCAUCCAGCUCAUCAAGGAAGUUAUUCAAAUCAUUUGGCAGCGGUUUUCCUACUGUAGAGAUAUCACAAACUUGUCAGAGUUAGUAAUGUACGUAUUAGUCUGGAUUUUUAUACUUCCUCAUAUGACUGAGAGAAUUAUAUACAGCACACAGACUCAAUGGAUAGCAGGUAUACUCGGUCUUCUACUAAGCUACAUCAAUUUUACAUUAUCUCUUCGUCGCUUUGGUGGACUUGGUUUGUACGUCACAAUGUACGUGGAAGUUCUUUAUACAUUUCUGAAAGUGAUGUCCACAUUUACGAUUGCCCUGAUUGGAUUCACCUUGGUAUUUUAUGCCUUGUUGAAAGAACAGGUAGGAACGGUUUCGCAGAUAUUACGGAACUUUUCGUAUUCAUUACCGUAAAAACUAGUGAUGUUUCAAGAAAGACGUGUUCGGAUCAAUUCGGGGCAUUAUUUUGUGACUGGAACUGAAAUGUGAACUUCUAUGUGAUUGUUAAGUGCAUGAAGAUCCAUCGGUGUAAAAAAGCAGAAUCGUUCGCGGUACAGUAUAAUUUUCUGGUGUUUCAAAUUUUAUAUCAUUUCUGAAUGUUAACUUGAAUUGCAUGCCUUAUAGGUUUUGGGUUUAUUUCUCUCUUAGGGUAAUUUCUCAUCUUUCUGGUACGCUUUUGCAAAGAUCCAGGUCACAAUGGUUGGUGAGUUAGACUACUCAAAUAUGUUGGUUGACAAAGCUGUGGACAACGAGACAGUGCCUGGAACAAACAUUCCAUAUGUUCCUUUGCCAACACUUACCUUCUGUCUGUUCUUAGCGUUCAUACUGUUAGGUAGUGUUGUGCUCGUCAACUUGCUGGUACGUAAGAUAUCAAUUCCCUAUGUCACUAUAUUACAGGCCACCCGUUGCUUGACAUACAUCAAAAAACGAUCUUUAGUUGUAAGGCGAGCUGAGCAGAGUAUCGUUAGUCAUUGAUAAGACGUGGUUUUCUCUACCUGAAGAAAGAUAUAUUUGGGGUUCUUGUUGAUACAUUCUAGAAUUCGAUGUCUCUAUAGUAGUGGAAGUUGAAGUUGGAGUAGCAGUUAGAGUUAAUAAAUGUUGUAAGAGUAAGGCAGUGGUACAUUAAAGAAGUAGCUAUUGUGAUCCAAGACUCCUGGUACCCUUCGUUCAGCGAGUUUGUUCAAGCUGUAGUCUCCUAACGUUCCAAUGAGGAGGUGAACCCGGGCACCGGGCAUGGUUGCUACGUCGAUCGGGCAGUUGCUGUUAUUGUCAUCCAAAAGUUAACGAAAGUUGUGUUCCAUAAUCAUAGGUUGGUUUAGCAGUUGGAGAUAUCGAGUCUAUUCAGAGGACAGCUAGUUUACGAGCCUUGAUUGACCAAGUGUUUUUAGUUGACGACAUCGUCAAAUCCUAUCCAAGGUGGAUUUUACGAAAGAUCUACAGAAGCUCGUUGAGAAUAAAACCAAACCAAAACAGUUUCAUGAAGUGGUAAGUAUUGUUUUUCGAUACGUAACUUUUCUUUCUUUUUUAUUUUCACGUCAGUGGCCACUUCAUUCGUGAGCUUUCAUCUACAUCUCAGUCUCUAAUUCUUCUAUUUCCGGUGUUUGUUCCUUGAUUAAUUUUAUGUAUCACUCUGAGAGAUUAUCCCUGUUAAUCAACUGCCUUCCGAAUGAGUUUUCAUGCAGUCACGUCCAAACUUUAGGCUAAUGGGAUCUUAUGAAUUAUAAGUCGCAGAAUACAAAAGCGGGCAAUGACUGUACUGAGGGUUCAACUAAGGGUUCUCAAAGCUUAGUUGAUGCCAAAGAGAGACUAAGAAGUUCUAUUUUUCAUACAUAGCAGUUGUAUUAUUAUUUUACUCGAACUCUCAUUUACAUUUUAGGGUCACACUAUGCUACCGAUAUCACAGGAAGUGA